UCGAUUAGCGAAUUAAACCAAAACAAAAACAGACUAAGUUUCACACGUCAUACUUAUUUAAUGGAAUUAAUUGCGGUAAAUUUUGCACGGACCCCAUUUCCUUUAUUUCAAAAACGUUGUGCGUCCGUGAUAGACAAAAUGUCAUCUCUAUCUAAGUGGACUGUAGAAAAGAAUCGUAUUCUUGGUUUACCUAUCGAAGAAAAAAGGAAGUUGUAUAAGUCAGGAGACUUCGUUACUUUAAAUCAAAUAGAUCCAUGGUGUAAUUAUGUAGUCAAGAAUAAAGAUAUCGAAGCCAAGAAGCAUAACCUGGAAGACCUCAACGAAUUUCGUAAGAUAAAGUUGGACCAAGAAAAAAACAAACUUUUGGCUGAAAAGGUUUCUGUAUACCGUGGAGAUAUAACUAAGCUUGAGAUAGAUGCCAUAGUGAAUGCAGCAAAUUCUCGCCUUAAAGCGGGGGGUGGAGUUGAUGGGACCAUUCAUAGAGCUGCAGGAUCAUUGCUCCAGGAUGAAUGCAAUUCAAUUGGAGGUUGUCCAACUGGUGAUGCUUGUAUAACAGGUGGAUAUAAUCUGCCAGCAAAAUAUAUCAUUCACACUGUGGGACCACAAGAUGGAUCAGCCCCAAAACUUCUGUCUUGCUAUGAAAAAUGUCUUUCAUUUCAAAGUCAGUAUCGUCUAAAAUCCAUAGCUUUUCCAUGUAUUUCAACUGGAAUCUAUGGUUUCCCUAAUCGCCUUGCUGCUCAUAUAGCUCUUCGUACUGCAAGGACCUUCUUGGAAAAUAAUGAAGAUCUUCAAAGAAUUAUAUUUUGUACUUUCAUGCCAAUUGAUGUUGAGAUUUAUGAAACACUCAUGCAGAUGUACUUUCCUCUGCAUGAAUGGAAUUACAAUGAUGGAGCUGCUGUUUCAGAAUAAUUUGAGAAACAUUAUUUGGAUUGUUGUAGUAUGUGUGUACAACAAUCCAAAUAAUGAGAAUGUAUGAAGCACAAAUAAUUUUAUAAAUUAAAAUUGUAUACUUACUGCUUUUUUUAAUAAGCCAAAAUAGGCUGUGAUUUUAAUAAAAUAAUGAUUGUGUU